AUGGCUUCCGGCAUCCUUAAGCCCUUGGCUGUAUUUUGCAGCCAAUCUCAGUCACAACGGUACAUUAAAACUAUCAGAAACCUAGGUGAUGCAUGGCGCACCCUUGCUGAGGAGCCUAUCACGGAGUCUGAUCGGAAAUUCGCUUUCAUUGAAACGACAUUCGAUUUCACGUUGAGGAUCACGAAUGGGCUGGAGGAUGCGACAUCAGUUGAGGUACUCUCCCCAUUUCCGCUGUCUGAUCUGGAGCAUUAUAACGCCUGGGUCGAUUGCUACAGCGGCUACUUUAAAACAAGAUACGAAGACACCAAAGAUUACACGGCGAAUAUGUUCCUCAGUGCCUCGGAGGAGGUCGCAUGGAAUGUAGCAGGUUACCUGCUUGCUUGGCGCAUUGCGAUCUCCCCCCAGAUUGGAAGCAUUCAGUACUCGACCGGCAAUUCGAAGUAUCUGUUGGAAAAGGGGAAUGAGACGAGCGUCACUGUGCAGUCUUUGAAGGAUCAAGUGGAGCUUUUGACUAAAGGAGAGCCCACAGACUAA